ACAACCAAAAAUUGACUCAUUUUGAAAAAUUCGCUGGGGCUAUCAGUAUAAAAUACAGUAAAAGUAUGAAUCGUUCACGCCGAGCAACCACUGCUAUGAACAAGCCAUUUGUUUCCGGAGGAGUCUAUCGCACAAUAUGAAAAAUGUGUGUGUUCAGCCCCCAAUUGCGAUUUUAUUUGCAAUAGCCAUAAAAGCGUGUUAAUCGAAAGUGCAGGCACCCGGUAUCCGAGUUGUAUCCAGCAUCCCAUUCUUUCCCUAUCAGCUGGUGUUCGGUGCUGCAUUCGACGCAUUAGUGAAUACAUACAUACAUACAUACAUACAUACAUAUGUAUGUGUACAGAAAGUGGCCAGCAAGUACGAGUUAGAACUGGACUUGCGGUUUUCGCAGACUUUUAUGGCUACUGAAAAUUCAAUCACACGAAAUUGUAACUUAAAAUUAUUAGUUUUGCGCUAGAUAGCAAUGCUCAUUUACUCCACUGAUGGCACCCAAAACGAAACACGAAACACCAGUAGCCAAGGGGCCAGGCACGAGCCAACAUGGCGGUCGGUCACACCGAACGCCAGCGUUGGGGUCCAUUGGUUUUGGUUGGUCACACGCUUUCGCUGAGGCAGAGUCUCGUUUUGGGUCAGUUUGGUUGCAGGAAUGGUCAUGGCUAAUUCCUGAACUAUGGUUUUUAGUAGGACCGAGCUCCCGUGAGCCUCCCGCAAGCCACCCACUUCUGAUGUAGUAGAUCGAUUGAUUGACUGGCAUAAUCCGAAUGCCACGGAUAAAAAACCCUUGAUUCAACCGCCAGUAAACAUUCUGGUGCAAGCGCCAGUCGUGCCGGCGCCAGCUCCGAUUCCAGUACCGGCUCCAGUGCAGAUAAAGGCACUGCCAGCAGUUUGUGGCCUGCCACAUCCAAUAUCUGACAAGGAAGAUCCCGAUGCGAUGAUCGAGGACAAGUCGUCGCCCGUCGAGAGCGCGAGCGAAGGCUUUUACAUUGACAUUAGCAACGAGAAUGGCAAUGGGGGAAAGAUACCCUUCAAGAAGAUAUUCCAGAAGCGCAAGAAGUCAUCGGAACGCACUCGCGACAAGAAGCAGCGCCAGAAUCGACAGCUGCGCAAGUCGAUGUUGCCGAAAAAUGCCUUGAUGGCACUCAACGAACUCAAGGGCGUUAAUAUCAGUGAUUUUACCAUCAAUAGCAAUCCUGAUGGCGGAUUCACGGCCAUAGUCACGGUCAAUUCGAACCAAUACCAGGGCAAGGGGCUGUCCAAGAUGUCAGCCAAAAAUCUGGCCUGUGAGCAUGCUCUGCGUGAUUAUAUCAUAGCCAAAAUGAAGCCAAAGCCGCGCAAGGCAAAGACUAGCGUUGAGGAGACACAGCCAUCGACUGCCCCCGAACCCAUGGACACCAAUAGCAGCGACACUGAGUCACCCGAAGAUGAAUUGCCAAUGCUCAAUUUGGCAUCGUUUGCCAUUUAUAAGUUGUUCAGCAAGUGGGAGCGUGAUGGUUACGUUGUGCCCGAAAUGCAUCCAUCGGCAAAUGCACAGCCGCAGCAGGGAGACACCAAUGCAGCAACUCCUGUCGUGCCCAAGGAGCCGAAGAAGCCGCCAGUGCGUGCCGAACUACCACCCAAUUGGGAUACCAUGCACCCAGCCACAUUGCUCUGCAUUAUGCGUCCUGGCAUUGCGUAUGUGGACUAUGGCAACGCUGGCGACAAGCCCAACGUGCCCCAGUGUCUUGGCGUGAUUGUUGACAACCAGGAGUUCACGGCCAAUGGGCGCUCGAAGAAAAUCGCACGUCGCAAUGUGGCCGUCAAUGUUUGCAACACAUUGUUCUGUACCAAUUUCAAAUAUGAAGAGUAUUGAGCAACAUCACAUCAAUCAGACUAACAAUUAUGUAUAGCAAGUUCACAUUUUAUUCAUUCAAAGUGUAUCCACUCUCAGCAGAUCCUACAAAUCCUAACAACACUCUGCGACCAUCAAUUUUUAGCUUUGCACAAGACACACCAGGACCACAGCAUAAUUAUAACU